UCCGGAAUAUGAUGUCACUUUGGUAAAGGUGAAGUUAAAUCCUUACACACCAACGCUUCAUUUAUUCUGUGUUGAGACAAGACACACAAGGGAGCGAAAAUGAGUGUUUACUUUUGCAAAUCUGUGGAUAGUGAUGAUAGCGAUGGAAAUGAAAUUAAUAACCCCAACAAAGAGGAAAACAAGGGGAAGAAAUUGAGCUGGUGGAAGAAAAAGAAGUCAUCUAAAACAGAGGAAGAAGAGGGACGCACGGUGAAGGAUGGAAAAGGUGUUCGUGAAGCUGUUCAGGAGAUGCUCAAUAUGCUCCACCCACUCCCUCUGGGAGCAGUGCCUGUGGAAGUGGAAGCUGGAGCUUCUGGGAGAGUAAGCUGGAACGUGAAGCCUCAGAAACUACUGGGGCACCAAGGAGCAGACGCCUGGUCGAUCGGAUAGUGAACUCAUGUCUGUUUUCCAACUGAGGAAAACAGUUUUUGUUUUUCAACGUGCUAACCACUAAGCCACCAUGCGCCCAAAAGUAAAAAUAUAAACUGUAAAUAAAAAGUAAAUACAAAUAGUGCACUAUGCCGUAUUUAGAUAGUAUUGUGAAUACUGUAUUAGUAUUUGAUACCUUUUUUAAAGUGUAACUUGGUUAACAUGUAUAUCUGUACAGUGUUCAAUAAAAUGGCAGGACAUUUAUAACAGUAAUUAAACAUAUACUAAGACUCCCAGCUCUUUAAAUGGUUUAGAUGCAGCUGGGCUUAACUCUGCUAAACCUGCUAUUUUCCAGGCUAGGUUUAGAGCAUGCGUUGCCAUGGUAACUGCAAACUGAAUCGUGUAAUCGCUCUCUCUGGAAUGUAAAAAAAAUAAAUAAAAUUCUCUUUGACUCUACCCUGUCGCUUGGUCUUGGUCUCCUGCAUUCCUCAAGCAUCUUACUUCUGGUGAAUCUGCAGCAUUUUGAUCAUCCAGAAAAGAUAAUGAUCCCCUGCCUUUGUGGCAGCGCUCCUUGCCUUCUGUGCAGAUGUUGCCCCAGUGGAAACAACUCCACAGUCACGCGGCUCAUCUACUCCUUCUUCCUGCUUCUGGGAGUUGGCAUCGCCUGCAUCUUGCUGAUGCCUGGCAUGGAGGGACAGCUCAAGAAGAUUCCAGGCUUUUGUGAAGGUGGAAUGGGAACCUCGAUCCCAGGCGUUAAGGGUCACGUGAACUGCGACGUGCUGGUGGGCUACAAGGCAGUGUACCGUGUGUGCUUUGGCAUGGCCAUGUUCUUCCUCCUGUUCUCGCUCCUUAUGAUCAAGGUUAAGAGCAGCCAAGAUCCACGAGCUUCUCUGCAUAACGGGUUUUGGUUCUUCAAGUUUGCUGCUGCCACUGCUAUUAGUGUUGGAGCAUUCUUCAUUCCCGAGGGUCCUUUUACAACCGUGUGGUUCUACGUUGGCAUGGCUGGCGCUUUCUGUUUCAUUCUGAUUCAGCUGGUGCUUCUGAUCGACUUUGCUCACUCCUGGAACGAGUCCUGGGUGGAGAAGAUGGAGGAGGGAAACUCUCGCUGCUGGUAUGCAGCUCUUCUUACUGCCACAGCCGUGAACUACGCCCUGUCCUUCGUGUCUCUGGUGAUGUUCUAUGUGUACUACACCCACACUGACGGCUGCACCGAGAACAAGGCCUUCAUCAGCGUCAACAUGCUGCUGUGUGUGGGAGCCUCCGUCAUGUCCAUCUUGCCCAAAAUUCAGGAGUCCCAGCCCAGAUCUGGUCUCCUGCAGUCCUCUGUCGUCACCCUGUACACUAUGUAUCUGACCUGGUCUGCAAUGACCAAUGAGCCUGAUCGCAAAUGCAACCCGAGUCUUCUGGGCAUUAUUGGCCUGAACAGCACCACCCCAGCUGGAGAAGGUCACGUGGUUCAGUGGUGGGAUGCCCAGGGCAUUGUGGGAUUGAUCCUGUUCCUGAUGUGUGUUUUGUAUUCCAGCAUCCGCAAUUCCAGCAACACUCAGGUCAACAAGUUGACGCUGACUAGCGACGAGUCCGCUCUGAUCGAGGACGGUCCAGCGCCGGAGAAUUUUGAUGAGGGAGACGAUUCAAACCGGGCUAUCGACAACGAGAAGGAUGGCGUCACGUACAGCUACUCUUUCUUCCACUUCAUGCUCUUCCUGGCCUCUCUUUACAUCAUGAUGACUUUGACCAACUGGUACAGCCCCGACGCCAACUACGAGGCAAUGACUAGCAAGUGGCCGUCGGUGUGGGUGAAGAUCUCAUCCACUUGGAUCUGUAUCUCGCUGUACGUGUGGACCCUGGUGGCUCCGCUCGUCCUCACCAACCGCGACUUCGACUGACGAGGCAGAAGAAAACAAGCUUUACGCAAACUUUAACCCUUCAUCAUUGUGAAUAUCCUCCUGUAAACGAAGGGCAAGUUGGUUCAUAAUUGUAAAUAGCUGAAGCUGGUGCAUUCCUGUGUGGUUAAUCCUCAGUUUUUGGUUUAACUGUUGCAUGUAAAGUAGUGAUAUUUAUUUGUGCUGUACGUCGUUAUAAGCGGUCAAAACAAUUAGCCAGAAAUGAGUUUUUAAGUAUGGGAUUAUUUAUGUAUGCAUCCUGAAAGAAAGAUCAGGAGAGAUUCUUGGAAAACAUUAUGAUUUAAGUAGCUUGGGCUUUGACAGGACUGUUGAAACGUUUGCUUUAAGUUUAUUCCUGGAUCUAUAGGAAUGUCACACGUCGUUUUAUUAAUAUUUCUUGUAGAAUGGGCGUAAGAGUGCAGUAUUGCAGAUUUAGCAAGUAUCGUUGCUAAGUAGAAGUUUAGAUUUGCUGUGUUUUUUUUUGUUUUUUUUCAUUCCUGAAAACACGACAUUUAGGACAUGAUUUCCGUCGCCCGUGUGAAUACUGUUUUAUUAACAUCAGUGUUAGCAGUUUGGUGCAUGUUAAUGAAUUUCCAGGCUUUUAGUUAGUUAGGACUGUAAAAUGCCACAGUGCUAAUCCUUUUUGCAACUUGCACAGGUUAGUUGAGUUUUGAAGUUUUAUCGUAGUGGAAAUGUUCUUGCACUGAUUCAUUGCUUUACAAACUCAUUUUAAGAUGUAUGUUAUAAUUUCAUACGUAUAGUUUGCUUCUAUACCAUGUAGAUGUGUGUUACCAGCCUGCUGGAGGUAAUAGUCUAGUAGCUGCUGUUAAGUAACAUUAUUGGUGUUGAUGCCUAAGUGUAUUUUUUUUUUUUUGUCCUUUUGACAUGUGCGUUGUAAUCUAUCUUGUCUUAAUCAUUAAAGGUUUAAAACCCC